UCCCUCUCUCUCUCUCGACAAAAUCGAUACGCGGCGGAGACGGAGACACAAACACUAGUAGUUCUUGCACUUGGACUGCGGCGAGCUUGCGACCAUGGCGGCCAAGCGGCUCCACGACGGGUCCGAGAACGAGGAAGACCGGCGCGACGAGAAGCGGAUGCACCGCCUGCCGUCCUUCUCCACGGUGAUCAAGGAGGCCGUGAUGAUGAAGCAGGUGCAUAAUGUGUUCAUGCUCCUCGAACCUCUCCUGCGCCGAGUGGUGCAGGAGGAGCUGCAGGCGGGGCUGGUGCGCAGCCCGCGCUACAUCGAGAGGUCCUCACCCGAGACCUCGCCGCCGCCGCCGUCCUCGCCGCGGGCGACCUGGAGGCUGGCGUUCCUCAACCCACCGCAGCUCCCGAUCUUCACCGGCAGCAAGAUCGAGGACGCGAACGGCAACCCGCUCCAGGUGAUCCUCGUCGACGCCGACACCGGCUCGCCGUGCCAGAACGUCCCGCAGUUCCUGCGCGUCGAGGUCGUGCCGAUCUUCGGGGACUUCCCGCACGACGGGCGCGAGGAGUGCGGGUCCGCCGCCGAGUUCGCGCGCGGCGUCGUCAAGGAGCGCGCCGGGAAACGCCCGCUGCUCACGGGCGAGGUCGCGCUCACCAUGCGCGACGGCCGCGCCACGGUCGGCGAGCUCCAGUUCACGGACAACUCCUCGUGGCUGCGCUGCCGCAAGUUCCGCAUCGGCGCGCGCGUCGUGCCGGGCAGCGGGUACGACGGGCCCAGGGUCGCCGAGGCCAUGACCGAGGCCUUCAACGUCCGCGACCACCGCGGCGAACUGUACCGGAAGCACUACCCUCCGGCGCUCGGCGACGACGUGUGGCGGCUCGAGAAGAUCGGCAAGGAGGGAGCGUUCCACAAGAAGCUGACGCAGAGCGGCGUCCGGACCGUGCAGGAGUUCCUGCAGAUGCUGGUGGUGAAGCCCGACGUGCUGCGCAUGAUAAUGGGCGACGGCAUGACUGACAGGAUGUGGGAGGCCACGACGAAACACGCCAGGCAAUGCGAGGCCGGCGACAGGGUGUACGCGUACACCGCAGGGCAGACCGGCGGCGUCGGCGGCGCCACCGUGUACGUGAACUCCAUCUGCCAGCUCGUCAAGAUCGAGCUCGCCGGCGUCGAGUGCGUGCCGCAGCACCUCAACAGGGCGCAGAAGGCGUACGUGCACCAGCUGCUGCUGGAGGCGUUCGAGCAGCGCGCCAGCCUCCAGGAGGCCGACAUACUCCUCCACGCCAGCCACAGCAGCAACGACCUCCCACUCCUGCAGAACGCAGCGCCGGCCGUCCCGCCGCCGCUCCCCGCGACUCCGCUCUGGUUCCAGGGCACCCCGGACAUCGACUUCCAGAUCAUCGACGACCUCGCCAACCAAGGCAACUUCACCUUCAAGAUGUUCGACGAAUGAAAGGGCCAAGAUUGCCCUUUCAGUUUCAGCUGUACAUUAACCAAUCUACUAGUACUACGCGCGUGGUAUGUGUCUACACGAACAACGUGUAUGUGUGUUCAGGUCAGGUCAGUAACUUGAGCGGCCCUUCGCUGCAUCGCCGAGCAUGCUGCGCAACUUCAAGCGCAUCCGGCCGCGAGCAGCGCACGAGAGGCGUGCAAGGAUUCUUUGGUUUAAUUCGUACACUUUGUUGCUGUAAAUUUAGUUCCACUUCUGCUCAAGGUUUAGGUGAUGUUGUCGCUUCGAUUGUGAUGUAAUGUUGGGGGUGGCAACUUCACCUUUUCUAGCAUGCAUUUCCACAAGGUUUUUUUUUCUUGGGUCUUGUAACAAAAUCCAAGUGUCAAUAAAGGGGAAAAAAUGCCUUUUUUUGUACAGAUUAA